UCUGAUUUUCAUAUUCAUGUUCAUAUAAAUUAAGCCUGGAAUUUUGUGUAAACACAUACUGUUUUAUAGCAAUUGGAUAUUCCUGCAUUCUGUUAAUUUGAAACUAUAACUGAGUGAUGAUAAUGUCAGUCGACACAAUGGUGCUGAGGAAUUUAUAUUUCAAUGGAGGAUCAUCGUUCGAUACCCAUUACCAUGGGCAAUGGCUUCGACAGCAUUGGUGGGUUUCAAUCUUCAUCUCCUUGACGUACAUAUUCAUCAUUUUCGGGGGAAAGCGGUUGAUGUCCGACCGGAAACCUUUCGAUCUCCGCAGUCCCCUCGUUGCUUGGUCGGGCAGCUUUGCUCUCUUUAGUUUCGCUGGUGCGGUGGUGAUGGUCAGAGACUUUGCGCGCUGCGUCGUCGAAGACGGGUGGCGCGCAACCAUGUGCGACGCCAAUUUCUUCAACGGGAACGUGGGCCUGUGGGUUUGGCUAUUCGCACUCAGCAAGGUUCUCGAACUCGGUGACACGAUCUUUAUCGUCCUUCGCAAGCAAAAACUCAUAUUCAUCCAUUGGUAUCACCACGUUACAACUCUAAUCUACACAUUCUAUUUAUACGCCGACUGUAUGUCUGUUGGACGCUAUUUCGGCACUUUGAACUUCGUUGUACAUUUUGUGAUGUACUCCUAUUACGCCCUGAGCGCUGCCAAAAUCAUCAACAAGCCUCGUCAAAUCAAGAUCUCAGUUACAGUCUUUCAGCUUGUCCAGUUUGUCAUCUCAAUCGGCGUGUCUCUCUACGCGGCAUUUGAACUUUCGGCGGGAAGGCACUGUGACAUAAACUGGCUAAAUAUUUUCUGGACUAUGGUCCUGUAUGUAAGCUUUUUGUAUUACUUCCUUAAAUUCUUUUACGAUGCGUAUGUCAAACGGCCUGAGAAGCAAAAGAUAUAGCGAAAAUCUAUCCCUAUGUAUCAGUUUACCUUGGUGUUUUGUUUGUGAUGUAAAUAAGCACUAAAAAAUAAUUUGAAAUUAUAUUGCUUUCUACCUCUUGGACAAACAUCAACUGAACAAAGUUAAGUUUAUACUAACGAAAGUCAUGUUUUUUCUCAUUUUCAUAUAAGCUAUAAUUUCUUCAGUUUAACCGAACUUAACGUUUUGAACCCUAUUAUAAAUCAUAUUAUAUAUUAUGGUAUUAUCAUUAAAUGUAACUGUUCUCUAUGAGAAAAUAUCGCGUAGGGCUAUUAAUCAUUUCACCAAAGGUCAUAUUUUAGGACGACCCGUCGUCACAAAUCAGUCACACUUUGGAGCUAGGUGUUUC